AUGUUUCGCGGUACGUCCUCCAGUAGAGCAAUUUUGAUCAUUCUCACUUAUGUUCAAGGCACUGGAGCAGCACAUGCUUCUCGCUCUUUCCAUGACACGACCUCAAGUCCCUACGCUCGAAGCGAAGUGUUUACGGACCCCAGACGAAAACAGACCAUCAUUAGUCUUUUGGAUGUCCUGGGCGAGCUUAGCAAUGAGGCAUCUUCAGACAACGAUGCCAACCUUCCCUCUAAUUUCGAAGAUGACCGAGACGUCCCUACUGUGGAUGAAAAACUGCAAGUCGCAGGAUCGGAAUUGUUUAAUAAAUUUGAGAAGCAAGACUCACAUUGUUGUUUCCUCCGCAACUUCGCUAAUGCUGCCCGCCAACUCGGCAGUUCUGUUGGAAUAUUAUCCUCGGCUUUUAGACUACGGGAACGCCUCACAAAAUUAUUGUUUCUGUUUCGCGAGAACGCAGCUACGCUGUUCCCUCGGAAAAUUUCGCGUCAACCCCGGGAAACAUUAGUUAACCCUAACUUGAUGGACCGACGACGUACAUGGAGAGGUCAACAACCCCCGCUCAGGCCCAUUCACGAUGACGGUCUUGAUCCCGAAGGUUUCCCUGGUCAAUUCGCUAGUUUCGCAGAAGAUGUCGUAACGUUCCUGAACUGCCUGAACGAGUUUCCGGAGUUUACAGACGAGGCGGUCAAUACGUCAAUGCGUGCUUUUGAAGUUGAUCUGAAGUAUUGGGCUUCGUGUCUUCAGGAGUACAAAGGUUGUCAAUUUAGGUAUCCAGCAGUGCAGCGCUAUAUCCAUGAUUUGACGUCGGAAAUUGGGGAGCACAUUGACAACAUCACGGUCAAUCUAUCGAUGUUUAUUGAAAUCGGCGUACCAACGAUUAGGUUCGCUCAGCAACACGCAGCAGCAAACCUGCUAAACUUGUCGACAGUCGCGACGUUCUUCUCAGCUGUGACAGCAACGACCUUACAAUUCUCAUACCAGUUGACAGAUGGAGUGCUAGAAAAGUCUGUCAAUGCGUUUUGGUUCUCCUCGUUGGUUUUCAGUAUAGCAGCCGCAGUGAACAGUCUCCUUGGUCUCACCUGGAAGCAAGCUAUGUAUCGCUCUCCGGGACAUAGGGUACCUUGGUGGGUCUUGAUAUGGAUUAAGCGAUCGCCUUUAGUCUUUCUCGUCAUGUCUGUGGCAUGCUUUUCCGCGGGCUUGAUGCUUUUCACAUACGCUACGGAUCAGGGAUUUGUCACAUCCACGAUCACCACUGUUUUUACAGCUGUCACUUCCUUCGGCCUGGCUGCCGUCUCCGCUUGGUUCGCCUCCGAACGGUGGAUAUUCGUUCAGCACCGCGGUCAUGUGUGGCUGGAGGAUGUAAUAAAUGAAACAACCCACCGCAUGCUCCUCCUUUCUGCUGUUGUGGAAUUGCGGAAGAUCAUCCACUACUGCAAUCAACGCAUCUUGGCGAUACGUGGCCUGAUAAGGCGAGUGUCUUUCAAGAAGGUAACCGACGCGAUUACCCGGUUCAGACAUAAGCACCAUACUCUUCCCACCACACAGGAAGGCCCGCAGAUGCUUGAACUUCCUCACCACCACGAGCCAGCUGUAUCCGUGUGCUCGGAAUACACCGAGCGUCCCAAUUCUUUGGAUGUUCCUGCGAGUGAGGAGAGCGAGGCUUCCCGUCGAUCCAUUGCCCGUCAGCGCUUCAAAGGAGCUGUUCGUUCGGUCAUCAUGAUGCAGCAAGCCCAAUCGGGGCAAGUCCCGUUGUAUCUACGACCCUUCAUGCCGCCACGGACGCCUUCUUUUGACCGAGUUUCCUCUGCGGGAAUGUCUCCCACCCGAUUCUCGUCCUUCGGGUUGAAUACAAUUCGAGGACAGAGAGUUUCCACAUUGAUCCCAAAACUGAAAACCCUGGAACCCGUACAGGACCUCUCGAUACAUACUGCCCUUGUUCGGCAUCUACAGUUCUCCCCAAACGGAAAAUAUCUCGCUACGUCAAGUUGGGAUCGGUCUUCUAUCAUUUUUCGUGUCGGAGAAUCGUUUUCAACUCAGGCUGUUCUGGUACACGUGCGAGGCUUUAUCGGCCAAGUCGCAUGGUCUGCGACUGGUACCAUUCUCUUGACGAGAUUAACUCGCGGAAUUAAGGUCUGGACGGAGGACGGACUCUGUAAGAGGACAAUCGACCGACCGCACUCUGUAUCAUCUAUUGCAUGGCUGCCUAACAGCGAGACGCAAUUCUUCUCCGUCGAAGGUAGCGAUGUUUUCAAACUGUAUAUUUUUAAGGUUCUUGAUUCGUAUCACUUUGGUCGCAUUCAGUUGCACAAUAUAGCUGUGACUCCGGAUGGUCAGCGGUUACUAGGUGUAGGUCCACUUCUUGCAGCACCUAAUGGGUUGCAUCCAAGCCGCACCACUAGGGUUGAAAAACGCAUAAUAGUUUUCAAUAUGGAGACUAAGGCGUUCGAAAGCCAGACACCCGUCGUGAACGAUGUGCGUGACAUUACAAUAUCUAAAAGAGGUGGAAACGUGCUGGUUUCCUUUGAGCGCAAGACGCCUCCGCAGUUGUGGAAGAUGGAACUAGUACGGGAUGCUAGAGGUCGCGAACACAACCCAUAUGCACAAGUCGCUAGGCUACUUCUCCGUCAUACGUAUCUGCCCAAAGCUCAGGUGGAUAUGGCGGGGUCUAGCUACUUUGGUGGCAAGGAGGACCAGCUAGUGUUAUGCGCAGGGAAAGCGGGCGAUAUCCAUAUUUGGGAUCGCGACAGUGCAGCUUUGCUCCACUACAUUAGACCUCAAACAUUUGGCGGGGAUCUGACAUGUGUUGCGUGGAAUCACUCCACCGACGAACCCUUUAUGUUUGCUACGGGGAGCCACGACGGUACGGUACGGAUAUGGACUACGCCAGCGGGAGACCGUUGUUCCGAUGACGCAUCCUAUCUCGAGCGGCGCACUGAUGCUGGUGUGACAACUUCUGAUCAGUAUGGGUCUUCGCCCAUCCUGAGCCCGCCGCCUGCGCCUGGAUCCAGCCGUCGAGAAAGAGCGCCGACCAUACGGACUACAUUCUCGAUAGGGCCUGGUUAG